AUGAACAUACGAAAAAGCAAGAAAAGUAUCGAAGAUAAAAUGUAAAAACCUCGCACUACAGAAAAAAUACAAAUUAAGAUGUCUGGAACAGAAAACACAGAAAGUACUGAAGAACAGUCAUGUGACAUAUGUAAGAUUUCAUAUGUCACUGAAAAGGAAUUACAAGAUCAUGAAUGGUCACUUAUGCACCACAUCAAAAUUGAACAGAGAAAAAAGGGUGCAGUACACAAAUGUUCCUUGUGUUUUACAAUAUCUCCAAACCUUAUAGAAUAUGGAAAACAUUUGAACGGAGACAAACACAAACAGGCUAUAGAGGAAAGCAGAGUACAGAUUGAAACCUUAGAUCCACAGGAAAUACAAUCCAGGUUACACUCUAGUGAAAAAGAUGAUGAUCCUCAUUCAGAAACAGACAGAAUGGAAACAAGUUAUGGUAGAGACACACGAGGACACCAGAGGUCAUAUUCUCAACCUGCAGCUAGAGGUCAAUUCUUUGGAAACAGGAGACCUUACAGAAACAGACAUGGUCAGUUCUAUGAAAAAGGUUAUAAUUACCAAGACAGCAUGGAAAACCCUUAUUGGCAUAAAAGUGGAAUGAUGCAGAUGUUUCCCUAUCAGUGGAGACAACCAUGGGAUUCCACUUCGCCUGAUCCUUGGGAACACCCAAAUCAGACUCCUGAUGAUAUGGAAUUCCAAUACCAGGACAAAAAUAGAAACAGAAGGCCUAGCCAUCAAGAGUCAAAUGAACAAUAUUCUGGCAGGGAAAGGUACAAUAGAUAUGAAUAUGUUAGACCAGAAAGGGAUCAGGAUGUUGAUAAACGUAGAAUUGAUGUAGAUGAUAAUAGAAAAUCUGUCAGGUUUGAGGAUGAAUCAGAGGAAACAUCAGGAUAUUUGUCACAGCCUCAAGUGAGUCAGGAUUUUAUUACUUCAAAACGGAGGAAAAGAUGUAGUGACAUUCCAGAAAAAGAGCAUCCAGUUGGUGGUAGGACAACUAAAAAUAGUAAGAGUCGAUCACAAGAGUCUCCUGUUGUUGAAGCUGAUAGUACAACAGAUAUUGAAAUGUCAACAAAACGGUCAUCAGUAGACAAAGACAGAAAACACGAUGUUAAGAAAAAACCAGAGGCAAAAGUUAAAAAGAAAAAAGCAAGUGGUAGUAAAACUUCUCCAAGGUCAGAUGAAGGUGACACAGUAUUAGAACGAGCAGAAAAACUAUGUAAAGAGCUUAGAGAUAGGAGAGAAAAAGCAAAGAAGGAUGUGCAAAAGGGAAAGAAAGUAGAAAAAAAUGAAGAAAUAAAUAAACAGUUGGCUAAAUUUGCUGAAAUAAAUAAAAGUUAUGUCAAAGGUGUUCUUGAUGAUACAGAUUUAGAUGUGCCUUUAAAAUUGAUUGAUAUGAGAUCGAAAAAGAGCGAUAAAAUAUCAUCCACUACUCCAAAGAAAGAAAAUGUCUCAGAAAAUUCAAGCAGUUCUGUCAAGGAAAUAACUCCUGUAAGUUCUACUACAAAGUCAAAGAAUAAGAAACCAGUUUCUAAGGUAGAGAGCCCUAGCAGGUCCUCUGGUAACAAAGUGAAGGAUGUUAGUCCUAGGAAAAUUAUAGAUAUACAUAGCAUUGAAAGCCCUGAUGAAUCUCAGAUUGAAAAAAGUUCACAGAAAAAAUCAACUAGUCAGUCAAUAUCCAGAGCAGGCAAGACAAAAGUAACAAGCAAAACUAGAGAUAUUGAUGAAAUAAGAAAAGAGAUUGAAUUAGAAGUUCGUCAGUCACAACAAGACAAAACAAAUAAAUCUCUUAUAAAUGAAGAAAGCCUGACUCUACAUGAAGGUGAAGAGGAUGAGUCGGCUAUGUCAGAGAAAAAUAUAGGCUUAAGAGAGACUGAUUCAGCUGAACCGUCUAAAUUGCGAUCUUCUGUAGAAUCUACUAGCCGGGAAUCCUUAUUAAAAAUGGUAAAUUCACCUAGAUCUCGUAAAGAAAGACAACAGCUAGCAGAAUUUUUGAGAACAUAUGCUAAAUCACAAAACCGUUUAUCUUUACCGAGAUUUAACUUGCAGAUGUCAGGGUUGUAUGAUAACCUUGAGCAUUAUGGCGAAUUUGGUUUGGAAGAGUUAUCACCAGAAGUCCAGCUUCAGAUUGCAGAACUAAUUGAGGCUGAUAUCAAGCCAGAUAUUGAUGAGCUUGAGCAAAAUUUAUUAUUGUCUAAUAUCAAAGUAGAAAGUGCUGAUGAUUAUCCAGGAAUAAGCUCACAGCUGUCCACCAGUGUUGACAAAUUAGAACUUUUGGAUAAAUCUUUGAAUCAGUGGGAAAAAUCAAAAGCAGGCUUUUCAGAUAUUGAGAGUAUGAAUGAAUUGAAUAGACUGAAAACAAAGAUUCUAUCAAGUAGUGAAAUUAAAAAGGAGCCUGCAAGUGCAGUGAAAAGUCCUGAUAGAUCAAGUUGCCCGCAAUCACCGCAGUAUAGCCAAGAAGAACGAGAGUUCAUAGAAAAAUUCUGUAGUCCUGGAAGUCCAGUAAAACAUGUUAGUAGUCCACAGAAACAUACAGGAAGAGCUGAUAUUUCAAGGGAAUCACGGGUCAGUACUCCACAGAAACAUGUUGGCAAAACAGAUAUUCCAAGUGAUUCUCAGGUCAGUAGUCCACUGACACAUGCUGGCAAAGCUGAUAUCCAGAGAGAUUCUGAGGCUAGUAGUCCACAGAAACAUGCUCACAGAGCUGAUAUCCUGAAGGAUUCUCAGUUCAGUAGUCCACAGAAACAUGAUCACAGUACUGAUUUCCUAAGGGAUUCUCCAGUCAGUAGUCCACAUGCUCACAGAGCAGAUAUUCCAAGGAAAUCCCAGGAUGAUUCCUUCAGACACAGAGUUAAAACAGAGAUGCCUUUUAUCACUGAUUCACAAGAAAAAACUUUCAUAUCUGAUGCUCAUGUAGAUCAUAAAGAAAAAAGCAACCAGACCAAAGCAAGUGAUGUAUUAGGGCCUAUUAAAACUAGCAUUACCAAUUUUCGUAGUAGAUCUAAUUCUUUGUCAAGUUUACAUACAACUAAAGACUUUAAUUUUAGUGAUAGUCUGCGAUCAAAUCCAGAAACUAACACCAAGUUAGAAUCAGUGACAUCAAUUGACCCGUUAGAAUUAUGGCGUAAAGAACAAGCAAGGGAGAAAAUUUCAGAAAAACCUGAAAAACUGGACCAUUUACAAUUAAAAUCAAAUGAAUACAAGCAUAUCCAAUCCACAGUUACAAAUCUCAGUUCCAGUGGAAGACAGGAUGAUGACAAGAUUGCAGUAUCUCCGUACAAACUAUCAGAUGGAGGACUGGCAAGUUACCGAGGUAGCAUAGAGAGUAAUGUUGUCUCCUCCGUAUCUCAGAACAAAACUUCUCAAUCUGAACCAUCUCUUACUGUUACGGGAAGUCUUCCGUGGAAUAACAGAGAACUAUUACCACACAGUCAGAUAAAAUCAGAUAAUAUGACACAGUCUGGGACUUCUUGGUUUGAUGGUGUUUCAUUAGGUCAGCAGACAUAUCAUACAGAAUCAGGCCAUGAAUCAGUUGGAGAAAAGAUAUUAGUGGCUCCCUCUGUUUCUACAUGGCUUGGUAGUGGGAUACCAAAGACUGAACCAUUCUGUACAGUAGGGACUGUAGCAUUAACCAGCACUACAACAGUAACAACUUGGUCUACCUCAUCUGGAUAUUUGACUCAACCUCAAGUGAUGUCAUCAUCAGACAUGAGUUUACCUACUAUCAGUCGAGACGUUAGAAUGAGGCGACCAUCAGAGACUUCCACAGCGGAGAGUUUGGUUGAUACUGUAUAUGAUAUCAGUAUUAAAGAGGAAGAUACACGUCAGGAAUUACAGGACGUCGAUCAGAAUAUUACCAGGUUACGGAAACUAAUAGAAGAAUCUACGGAGGAGCUCAACAGAUAUCAAGAAAGGAAACAAAAACUGAAAAAGGAUGAAGAAAACUUAAGAUCAAGAAGAAUCAAUGUUCUACAAGAAGCUCGUGAUAAACAAAAAAGACCAGAUUCAAGACAUGAUUCAGAUAUAUCUGAUCGACCUACUCCACCAUUAUCUGCCACUGAGGAUUCAGGAAUUACAUCUGGUGGUAGAGUUGUACCUAUGUCCUCUGCAGAGAACUCAUGGUUAGGUCAAAGUUCAAGGUCGGGGCCAGAAUAUCAGUUUGGAAAUCCAAUAGGUCAAAUAGAACCACAUAUUUUGAAAGGAUUGCAAGUUUUAAACUCGAUACAACAAAAUAACGAAAAAGAUAAAAACGAAAUCCCUUCAUAUGGACAAAGAUCCUUUGAUUCUACUUUAUCGUACAAUCAACCUUCAGAUCUGCCACCAAUUUCAACUCACACCUCACUUCAACAUAUUCCACCACAUUUGAUGGAAUCCUCACAUCAGCAGUUGAGAUCAAUAAAUACGGCUGAUAUCAGGCAGCAAAUGUUAUCAAAUGUAUCAACACAACAGAUGUCAUUAUAUGCAUCAUCACAACAGAUGCCACCAAAUGUAUCAUUACAAAACAUACCACCAAAUGUAUCAUUACAACACACACCAAUAAAUGUAUCAUCACAACACAUGCCACCAAAUAUAUCACAACAACAGAUGCCACCAAAUGUUUUAAAUCAACAACACAUGAUGCUACCCCCUCGUAGUAUUCAGUCUGUUCACUCUUCUCAGUUUCAAGGAGCCUCAAUCUCACCUGUCAGAAUUGGGUCAAAUGUUGCCAUGCCUUCUGUUCACACUUUGUCUCCACAUAGUCAAAUGUCACCAGGACAACAGCAGAUAAUAGACAAGUCAAAAGAAAUCACCCAGAUAAAAGUUUCAGAUAUACUUUAUGAAGGGGCUGAUAUGUCAUCUGCUGCAAAUAUGGAGAAGACAUCAAGGUAUGGUUCAUUGCAAGAACAAAUCUCAGAUAAUGAAAAACAAAUAAAUUUAUCAACUACCUCCUCUAAAACUAUAAAUGAGCGAGUGCUGGAUCAACAAAGAAUAUUGAAUUCAUCUUAUGAUAAACAACUCCUUAGUUCAGAGAAAAAUUUAGAAAGGGAUCAAGUUUAUAGUGAGAAAAUAUUAAACAAUCCGAGUUCAGAACGACAAUCUGAGGAUGUCAUAAUGAUGAGUGAUGAUCAGAAACAUGGCAGUGAUAUAAUAGUCAUCAAUGAUUCACCUAAACGAUCUGUGCAGGAUGAAUAUUCUGAAAAACCGCAUAAGAAAUCAUGGCUAGCUGCUGAAAAACCUGAUUCUGAAUAUCAUCCAUCUCGUUCAAAAUCCCCUGAAUGGGAUGAAGCUCAAAGUCAUUCAAGGACACAGCCUUUAGGAACACAGUCUCCUGUUGCCUUAAAACACAGAAAAGUUGAUGAUGAUGUGGUGAAGCAUCUGCAGUCUCCAUUACGGCCUACUCCAACCAAAGACCAAAAUCUUAGCAAUAGACAAGCUGGACAAAUUGAAAUAGAAGGAGAAAAAAAGAAUAGUGAGAGUAAUCAAACAACUUACCUAAAAUCAUUUGGAUUUGUAACUCUCAGUAAUCUAAUGAACACUGACCAGACAAAAUCUCCUCAAAACACACCAGUUAAUUCACCAAGAAGGGAAGAAGUGAAAAAAAUACAUAAACAUGAGGUUGAAACAUCGCCUAAAACUUUUUCAGGAAAUGAUGAAUUAAGGAUUACGAAACAAGACGAGGAACCAAAAGGUGAAAGGAUUUCCUCUCAUAUGGAGGAAUAUACUAGUUUGUCAAAAGGAAGUGAUGUGGGUUCAUCAAGGAAUGAUGGGAAGGGUAGUGAUGUAGAAAAAUCUGACGUGAUGAGACAAAUAUAUGAUAACAGAGAAAAAGUAAAUAUUCAAUACAUGGGUAGUCUGUCUCAAGGGAUGGAUCAGGCAGAACUGCUGAAACAGUUUAAAUCUGGGAAAGGUAAAGAUGAUGGUAUGUCUUUUUUAUUGGUAGACGGAGAUCAGAACAAAGACAUGUAUAAUAAACUGCAGUUACUGUUCAACAAACCACCAUCUGGAUCCAGUCGUUCAAAUAAGGAAGAAAUAAGAAUGGAAACAGAUGAUAGAAGUGAUUCUGGAGUUAGAGACCAUGAUUCUAAUUUUGAAAGUAUUGGAAGUAAUAAUUCCUUAGGUGAGAAAAUCAGACUGUAUUGUAAACAAAAUAAGCCUGAUGUAUCUGAACUUUUGAUUACUGUAUCUGAUGGUGAGCAGAGGGAAGGGGCUGAUUGUUCUGUGGUUAGUCCUGUACCUGAGAAACUAGAGGAAAGAAGGUGUUCAUCUCCUUACAAGAAACGACUAAAAACAAAGAAAGAAAGGGACAGAGUUUCAAUUCGUAAACAGAAAGAGGGCUGUAUUUUAGAUUCAAGUUCAGACUAUAACUCUCAGGAUGAAGACGCCCCUCAUAAGCAUGGACACAGACCUAAGAGUGCCCAGAAAUCCAGACAUUCUGAUGUAGAAAUAAUAUCUGACAACAAAGAUGAUAUCAUGUUUUUUGACAAGAAGUCAGAAGAUCUAAGAUCAAAUGAAAAGGGGUCAGAAGUCAUUCCACACAGGUUACUAGAAGAAGUGCAGUUAGAAACGGAAUCAGACGACAGUCGAGCACAAUUUAAAGACAAGUUUUCUGAAAGGUUCAAAUUAAACCCUAAUUUAUUGGCAUCGCUGAAAGCAGCAGUAAGAUCAAGUUUGUCUAAAGAAGAAUGCAGAGAUAUUAGACUCGAUGAUCGAAGGAGAUUUACUGGUCCUCAACAGCAGGUGUCUGGUAUUCAAAUUGUUGGAGAUGAAAUCUAUGUGUCUUAUCUUGGAAAUUCUGUCAGAAAGUUCAAUUUUAAGACUGGUGAAUUACUACAUGCAUUUGACUGCUCCCCACAUCAGAUCAGUUGUAUGUUUGUCCUGAGAACUAAUGAUUCCUUACGUCUGUACACAGGAGGUCCCUCACAACAUUUAUUAGGCUUCAAUGCUAAUACUGGACAGUUGUUUCGGACAGAAAAUUUGGAGGAAAAAUUACAGUGUUUUCAUCAUAACUGGGGGAAGUUGUUUAUUGGUACAUAUACAGGAUCUAUAUUAGUCUGGAGUACAAAGACUGAUAGAAAUAUAGAUGCAUAUGUUUGUUCUGAUCGACCCAUCAGUUGUAUAUCCUCAGCAACAGAAGGGGCCCAGAAAGUUAUUCUUGUGGCGGCAUAUGAUUCCACUGUAUUUGUUCUGAGUGCCACAUCUGGACUGUUGAUACGUAUUCUUGAGGGGCAUACAAAAACUGUAUUCUCACUACAGGUUGAUGGCAGUAUUGUAUUCAGUGGAUCUGGAGAUAAAACAGUCAUGGAACAUAAUUUACAGACCGGAGAUAUGAGUUGGACAUAUACCCAGGCUGCAGGUAUCAUCACCACUGUUUGUGUGUAUGAAGAUCUUUUGUUCUCUGCAUCAUUUGACAAAUUUAUCAGAUGUUACACUCGACAGGACCACAAGUUGAAAGCAUUGUAUUAUGGAGCAGACAGAGGACUGGUUACACAGAUGACAGUUAUAGAUGAUAAGAUUAUAACUGGUAACAGAAAUGGAAUUGUAGAAGUUACUCCUGUCAACAGAGAUAAAGAAACAAUGUGCCAGUUUGAAGGCUGUUGUCAUAUUUUUGGAAUCAAACCUCAUUUAUUGUCUCAUGUGAUGUCUGAUCAUGUGACACCUGACACAAAAAUGUUCCGUUGUCUAUGGAGAGGAUGUAAAGAUUGGUUAUCAACAAAGGAAGGACUUCAGGAAGCAGAGGAGCACAUGAAACUUCACAUAUUUACCUGAUUGACAUCUUAAUGCUCCAAUGAUGCAACAUUGAUAAAGUUGUGUAAUGGUGCUCAUAGAAUCCCAUCAAUUCACCUGGUGCUGAUAGAAAGACAUAUAGAGACACAUAUAUGAUUUAUAGAGAAUGUUCCUGAAAGGGAAAACAGUAUUCACUCAGUAGUCUUUGUGUUUUGGUAGUCUUCAUUAUGUAUAGUAAAUACAACUGCCAGUACAUCAUAUAGGUAGAUAAAUUCAGCACAAAUUUGUUUUUAGAUGUCACUCAUACCAAUCUUGUACAAUGUUUAAAGUGGGGUUAAUGAAUUAUUGACAAGUGAUGUACUGAAUUAAUCACUUAGUAAAUUAAAUAGAGUGUUUAACAGAAAAGAAUACAGACAGAGCAAAGAAGAUCUAAGAUAUUGACCUUUAUACAUUGUUAAUGUAUCCUGAUUAUGGGUGACAUACUUGCCACUGGACAUUAAACAAGCAAGCAAGUAACAAACUAUCAACCUUCUCAACUGUCCAGCUUAGGUCAUUUAGAUUGAUCCUAUACUCUGAACAAUUUAUUAUGUAGAUAUAUCAAAGAAGUAAGUCUAAGUUUAUGUAUAUAGCAAGAAAAGGUAGAGAAAGGAAGCACUGUGUUUUAAAAACAGGCUGUUGAAUUUGUUAUAUAGACCAAAUGGAGAUAGAAAACAGUUUGUUUAUUAGUGAUUUUAAUGAAUAAAGAAAGGCAUUAGUUUAUAAAUUGUAUUAGGACUGAGCAAUAUAGAAAGAUGUGUUAUCAGGGAGGUGUUUUAUCACAGUACAGCAAAAUGAUAAAUAGAAAAACAUAUAUAAAAUGAUGAAAUUACACACUCAUAUAAGUAUAUGUUAAGAAAGAAGAGGAAAUGCUAGAAAUUAUGUUUUUGAUUUUUCUGUGCGUGCCAUAGUUUAAAAAUAUCACUUUUGUUUGUGUAUGUACACUGUAUAUUUUGUUUAUGACUUUAUUUCACUUGUUUUACACACACACACACAAUAUAUAUAUGUACAGUAGGCAUCACUGUGAUAUGUACAAAUAAAUAUAGUAACAAC